CGGACAUUUCCCGUCUCUUCUGUUCCAGGCCCAAGGCACACAACAGUCGAGCCCGCUAUCGAGGAACCACAACCUAGAUCCUCGGUGAUUCAGCAACAGAUUGGAACAUGCCCGAUGCGAGCAACCCUCACCGACAAGCCCGACAAGCCCGACAAGCCCGGAGGAACCCGCGGUUGGGGUUGGCUUGUUCUCGCUGCCAGCGGAGGAAGAUCCGUUGCGAUGGUCAGCUCCCAGCCUGCAACAACUGCAAGAAGGCUCGAGUCGUCUGUACCGAUGGUGAGAGUCUUCGCCUCCGAGACCUGCCAAGAGCCCAAAUUGCAAACUUGAAGGAACGUAUCAGAUGGCUUGAGGACAUCAUCCGUGAGAGAUGCUCCGAUGUGGACCUCAGCCAAGGCCCACCCGAUGACCUAGACAUGCAUGUCGAUGGUGACGAAACCUUUGCACCGGACUCCAUGAUCGAACUCAGCAGUGGGCAGCCCGAAGCCAAUGUGACGCAACACAACGCUCGAGACAUUGGAAGACAAUCGAUCGCAUCUUCGGAAUCGCAACCAACCACACAGCCUGUAAUACGUUCGGAACCGCGAAUGGCCGAUACCAUGGCUAGCAGCACUCUGUCUCAUGAGAUCGGAAUGGUCUCACUCGGCAGCAGUCAGGAUUCUAAGUACAUCGGACCUUCAAGCGGAUACUUCUUGGCCCGCCUCAUGUUGACUUCAAACCGCCAGGACGACCAGACCGUUUGGCCGACCAGGCCCCAAGCACCAACCUUCUCAAUACCCACAGCUCUAGUCGAGGCGUUGCAUGGCCCAAUGCCAUUGCCAAGUAAGGAACAUGCAAGACAGUUGGCAGAGAGCUACUUUGAUGCCAUCAACUGCCAGUUCCCUAUCCUACAUCAGCCAACAUUUAUGAACCUGCUUGAUCAAGUUUAUGACAGCAGCGUUAAUACAGAUCGCGGGACCACAGGCGUUUUCCAGGUCUUCAUGGUCCUUGCUCUUGGUUCUAUUGUCUUGACUCGCAGAUUACGGGCCCAUCUUCCAGGAGAAUCCUACUGCCUCUCGGCGAUGCAACAUUUCGACCGGCUCAGCGUCGACAGCUCAAUCCCCGGCUUACAGUGUCUUCUCUUACUGACAAUAUUCACGAUGCAUAGCCCUAGCAUGCGUCUCAACGUUUGGUACCUCAACUACCAGUGUAUCGCCGCUGUCUUGGACUUGGGACUGCAGCGCGACAUCAAUACCGACUCAGGCAUCUCUCUUCUCGAACAGGAGAUGAGAAGCAGGAUAUUCUGGGUUGUGUUUUCGCUUGACAGAAUGAUUGCCACCAUGAUGGGACGACCGAUUGGUUUACGAGAUGAAGCAUGCGACCUGAGACUGCCACAAGAUAUCGAUGAUGCCUCCCUCCAGAACUUUGAACAGCAGCCUCAAAAUGCACGCCCGGGCCGUAUGGCCUUCUCGAUCCAUUUGUUCCGACUUGCAAAACUCAACUCGGAGUUCAAGUACGUUGCAAAUAGCGUCGUCCGCAAAACGCCUAGUUACGCAUAUCCUGCUGUGAUUGACAUCAACGAAUGGCAACGUGGGAUGAUCUUGCAGCUGGAUGAAUGGUACGAAGGCAUUCCCGAGGUGCCCGGUUGUGAGUAUAUCCGUGCCAUUUGCCAGGUCAGAUGCCAAGGCCUUCGCAUGCUUGUGUUACGACCUAGCCCAGCUAUACCGAGCCCAUCUCGCGAGUCGUUACAAAAAUGCUACAUUGCCGCACGCGAGACUCUGAUUCUUUUCAAUCAGCUAUAUAAGCAGAAUCUACUUAUCCACACUUGGAGCACAUGCCAUUCUAUAGUCUUGGGCAUCAUCACUAUGUUGUACUGCAUCAAAAUGGUACCCGAAGUCGCCAGGCAGACUUCGUUGGAUAUUUUAAUGUCUGAUUUUAGCGCUGGUCUAGGAGUCUUGGCUGCUACGGGAGAGCAUUGGUCCGGAGUGAAACGGUGCAGGGAUAUUCUCGACGACAUGGUUAGGGCGACUGUCCGGUGGAUCAAGGACGUUACGAACAAUUCAUCUGCCAUCGGAUCCCAUACUCCGCGUCGGUCGUCACGUAUCGAGCCCACGCACGCCCAAACACUAAGCCCGUAUGAUGAUACCACCGGCCCGGACGGCAUGCCGGUAGCUAGCCGCUGCUCGUCUGGGGGAAUGUCUAAUCCGACGAACAUGAGUUUUAUGACGGCGGGCGUUUCCUCGACAUUCCCACCGCAAGAACCCUUCGAAUCAUUUCUUUCAGGCACCUCUUUUGGUGAACAAUUACAGCUGGGAGAUACCGCAAACUUGGACAGCAUAAUGCGAUGUCUUUUCGACGACUUCAUACCGACGUACCCCAGCUUCAGCUGAUUAUAUAUGAAUCAUGUACAUUCAAUGAAUGUGUAUAAU